AUGGCUUUCAAUCCCUUGACUGUUAUUCUCAAAGAAAACAAACUGUUUGGACCUAAUUGUAUUGACCGGAAAAGGAACUUGGAUAUUGUACUGACUGCAAAGGAGUACAAGUACGUGCUUAUAGAGCAUCAAUUUGUGCAUUUUGCCUAUGAUAUAAUGCAUAACCUCAAAAAAAUGUUUGGGGAUCAAAAUCAUGCUAUUAGGCAGACUGCUAUGAAUGAGCUAGAGAUCCUUGGAGCUGAGAUCAAUGGGGAAACCAAGGUCGAUAUCGUUCUCCAGUUGCUUCAUGACUCUUUCAAGCAGUUUUUCCUUAACUACAACAUGAAUAUGCUCUCUUACUCAUUAGCAGAACUACUUAAAAAGCAUCAAGCAACUGAGGGCCUCAUUAGGAAGCCAACUAUUACUCGUGACUGA